CAGCGCUCGUUGGGGUCCUUUCUUCCCGCCCCGCCCCCAUAAAAGCCGCCGCUGCCGCCGCAGUCAGGCCUGAGGAGCCAUCGGCGCCAGAUUGCAGGUGUACGAUGCCUUCAAUUAAACUUCAGAGUUCAGAUGGAGAGAUUUUUGAAGUUGAUGUUGAAAUUGCAAAGCAAUCUGUAACUAUCAAGACUAUGUUGGAAGAUUUGGGAAUGGAUGAUGAAGGAGAUGAUGACCCAGUUCCUCUUCCAAAUGUUAAUGCAGCUAUAUUAAAAAAGGUGAUCCAGUGGUGCACCCACCACAAAGAUGAUCCUCCUCCUCCUGAGGAUGAUGAGAACAAAGAGAAAAGAACAGAUGAUAUCCCUGUAUGGGACCAAGAAUUCCUGAAGGUAGACCAAGGAACACUCUUUGAACUUAUCCUGGCUGCAAACUAUUUGGACAUCAAAGGCUUGCUUGAUGUCACAUGCAAGACUGUUGCAAACAUGAUUAAAGGGAAAACUCCAGAAGAAAUUCGUAAGACAUUCAAUAUCAAGAAUGACUUCACUGAGGAGGAAGAGGCACAGGUACGCAAAGAGAACCAGUGGUGUGAAGAGAAGUGAAGUUUUGUGCCUGGCACUCUUAACACUGUAAGGAUUGUUCCAAAUACUAGUUGCACUGCUCUGUUCAUAAUUGUUAAUAUUAAGACAAAUGCAGCAGUAAAUGAAGUCACGUUAGCAGGAUAUUGUUCCUUUGCAUGUGUAGUGGUUUUUGAGUACCAAUUUAAACCCUGAGUUUUUACCAGUGUAAUCGGAUGUCUUUUAUGUUACUAUGAAUAAAACUGAACUAAGUGUGGGUUCUGUAUGGAAAGUAGCAUUCCGGGCUAUCCCCUUUCAUUUACCAUUAAUUGUUUGUGCCCAGCUACAGUGUUAUAUUAUUGCUUAUUUGACAUCUGACAUUCUUCAGCUCCGCCAUUGUAAAUAAAACCACAGCAAAAAUUUCUGAAAUAGCUAACUUUUUCAUUUUUAAUUCCUGGGGUAUUAAUGGCUUUAAAGAAUUAAAGGAUUUCUUGAGGAAGCAGUCUGAGUGAAAAGGUGCUGCGUUUCUUCCCAAACAGUUAAGUAUGAAGAAUGGUGAUGCUUUAUGGUUCUUGUUUUGCGUUAUAAAAUCUUUUUUUAAGUGAGGACUUUCCAGCCAAGUUAUCUUUGCCCACUAAGGAUGAUACAAAUAUGGGUUUGGCAAAUGUGGCUGGAACUGGACAAGCCAGUGACAAUUGGAACACUUCAACCGUGUCUUGGAGAUCUGUCUGUAGCUGAUAGAUGUAAGCUGUACUGCAUAGCUUUUUAAAAAGCUUUUAAUAGUGUAAAAGCUAAAUCCCAGUUUGACCAAAAAACAUGACUGACUACCAAAGCAAAUGUAAUUGAUCAGUGUGUGCAUUAGUGGCUGGCUUUAGGUAAUCCUAAGCAUGCCAGGGUCUAGCUCUUGAAACCUAGUUUUGUGUCCACAACAAAUCUUUAUCCUGUGGAGUACACAAGGCUCCAGCUUUUAGAGACUUGUCAUAAUUGCAUACAAAACACAAGCUAGUGCAGUAGCUAGCUUGACGACUUUGGACAAAGCCACUUGCAACUAGUUUAAAUAUUAAGUGGUUUUCUGAUUUUUUAUUUUUUUUUUAGUUUUUUUUUAUACUUCCCUUAUAGGGAGUUAAGGGAUGGUAGUGUUAAACAUUUAAGGUGUGUUCUUGGCUUGUAUUGCAUUCCAUCUUCUGUAUAAACCUUAGAAUAGAAUAAACUUUAAUAAACAUACUUAUCUCCCCUUUUAA